UUUAUUUGGACACUCAUCAGAUCUCAUUAUAGAAAAUCACCAAAGGCCGACUGGACACGAACUUCUGCACUCUUUUCACCGUCGCAUCAUCCCUCCAUCAGCAUUCUCAUCUUGGUGAGAGUAAAGGCAAAUUAAUGCAUAAUCUGGACACUUUCCCUGCAUGAGGACGUAAGCUAAUGCAGUAUUAUAAUUCAGGCCAACGUUUUAAUAUUAAUUAUACCCCACUGCUCUCGAAUUCUCAUAUCUUAAUUGUCAGAAGAUGUUGAGGAUCUAGCUUGCUUCAUGGAUGUCCAACAACAUUAUGUAUCUACAAACAGGUCAGAGAUUUCCGGUAUGGGAUGAUCGGAUUAACACUAACAGAGUGUUGCUUUUUGGAGAUGCAGUAGUAACACCAUACGUUGUCUUCAGGACACAGUCUGGACCUUGGGAAUCAGAGUUCAUCAAUAGUGUGUGUGGAUAUUUCAGUAGCCCAUGACUGCAUUUCUUCUCGUCGUGGUUGUUUCAUAUCCUUAGACCUUAACCUGGCAAACAAGGACCUGGUAAAUGGUUUAAUGGCCUACUGAAGCCUUUUUGUUAUUGUUAAUGACAUUCAAGGAUCCCAGUGGUGUUGACUCAAGCACGUUUCACAUUCCUUUGUGCUUUCGGCCCGUUCCGGACCUUUCUCACAUGGACCCGUCCAUGGCAGCGAGACGGUGCUCUGUGAUUUUCCACUAACCCGUUCAUUGGUAGUGUGUUUAAGACGGAACGGGGUGGGAGGAGGAUGCAGGCCGGGCUGCGGGUGCUGUGUGCCGGUGGAGGCGCUUCUCUCUGCUGCCUGCUCCUGCUGGGACUCAUCUACACACACCUCCUUAAAGAAGGUCAGUUGGCGGUGGGCACGUGUGAGAUUGUGAUGUUAAACAGAGACAGCAGUCAGCCCAAGCGCACCAUCGCCAGACAGACGGCCCGCUGUGCCUGUCGGAGAGGCCAGAUCGCAGGGACCACACGGGCACGACCUGCAUGCGUGGACGCACGGAUAGUGAAAAGCAGGCAGUGGUGUGAGAUGACCCCGUGUUCAGAGGGAGAAAUCUGCGGCCUGCUGUUCAAUCACUCUGGCUGGACCUGCACCAAGGGAGGAGGACGAAUAAAAACCGUCACGCCACUGCCCAAGGAGCCAUCUUAAAGGAUAUCAGCUGAGCGGAGGUCUAUUGACAUUCACGUGAACAUCGCAGACCAGAAGACAUUCAUCAGACCAGGACAUCUUAUCCAUCUUCACACCCCGGAGCUAAAACAAGAACCCCACCACCACCACCACUUAUCUCCUUCACCCCCUCUACCCCUACAGGAGCCUGAAUCUUCGGGCGUAGACCGUCCAGCACCUCCAACAGGAUAUUUAGCAUCCUUCUUCUCAUUUUUUAUUUUUAUUUUUUGAUUAGAUCAUUGGCAAAUGCAACUGUAAAACCCAUAUAUCUCAGAUUCACUGGAGAGUAGUACUAAGGCUAGAAGAAGCACAUUGCUUCAAGUCUCUGAAUAUGCAGAACAAGCUGCUGACACGGAGUGUAAGAGUAUAACAUAUUCCUGUUUGGGAUGUUGGAUUCUCCACUAUCCCCCCCAAAAAAAAAAAAACCCACACACAAACAAAAAAAAAAAGAAGACUCUUUCUCCACCCCAGAGAUAAUCCUUUCUUAUAGACAGGAAGUGUUUUGUGUUUUGGACAUCGAGUGUAUCUAAAGUAAACCACAAGCAAAUGGACAUCAUCGUCAAGCAGGCAGAGGCGACAUCGCUUCUCCGUGUAGACGCCUUGACCUCUUUCUCCUGUUAAUGAAAACGGGACGUCUUUGAUCGUCUCGGUCCUACUGUCUGGUAUUUUCAAGUGUAAAAAAAAAACUAUCCAACUGCAUCCUGCUUUCCUGAGUCCCUUCUGUUCUUUGCUUUCAAGGGUCUGUCUACAUCGGAUGGGGUAUAUUGUUUUGCCGAACAACUCUCCGUUUUGCCCGUGAGGCAACAUGCAGUGACACUUGAGAUGAAUUCUUUGAGCUAGACAGGAAAUAAAGGAUGUGGAUGUGUAUGUGUACGUGAGUGCAUCCCCAGUACCACGUGUGUCGACGGGGUCAGAUUGCAUCGCUGUUCUGUUGUUUGAAAAUCCAUCAUGUAGAUUUCUAUGCUUCCGGUGUCCCAAGGAGCUAGAAAACAUGUUUGCCUCUUAUUUCUCGUAGCUUAUUGUUAAGUUGGUGGCCUGGACUAAUGAUAAGCCGCACCAGAGAGUGUUUCAUUUCAAAACGAAGUUACAUGAUGGACAUAAGGAUUGUACGCAGCAGGAUCUAGCAAGCAUAGAAAAAAAAAACAGGCAAAAAGAAAAUGGCCACUUUCAGUGAACAGUAGGUUAGUAAUUUAUCAGUCUGGAGGGGUAGGCAGAGCUCCCUCGGUUGUGAAUUUUAAUGGUGUUUUAUGGUUCCUAAUAAAGUCUGUUAUGCUUCUGGCAAAUAUGCAGAGCACAACAUCCCUCGCUUCCAAUUACUGAGAAACUCAAGGAGAGUCUUCAGCCAUUCAUCAUGCCAUACUGUUCCCAGAAAUAACAGGAGAAAAUCUCUUUCUGUUUUUCUCUCUCU